UAUUUUUUCCCAAUUAGAUCUUUACGCUGCGAUCUCUACUUCUCGGCUCUACCCAUCGGGCCUCCGCCGGGACGAUUUUCCUUCGACGGCGUCACACGAACAGGUCACCGGAAAACAGCCAUUGUCUUAUAGGUUUGGGACAAACAGAAAGUUUUGGCAGUUGAGGAAAAGAGAAACAAAUCAGGGCGAAUUUGCUAAGGUGGAGAAGGCAAACGAGAAAAGGAGGAUUUGGAAGAGGAAAAGGAAGAGAUGAAGGGUGGAAUAGGAGGCGCUCUUCCGGCUAAGAGGCGAUGGAAAGGUUUCGUAAUUGCGGUUUUGGGCCUCGUUUUGCUGUCAUUGCUCGUGCCUCUCGUCUUUCUGCUUGGCCUCCAUAACGGUUUCCACUCUUCAGGAUUGACAACAGCACAACAAAGUUCAACCUCAAAUGGAGUUAGAGUCUACAGUCGACAUAGUACUGCUAAGAAUGGGAAUCAGUCGGAGGGUGAUGAAUCAAGACACAUGGAUGACCUAAUGAGAAGAUUGGAACCAACUUUUUCCAAGGAUAUUAGGGAAAAUUUUGUUGGGGAAGCGGAGAACAAGACUGCUGGCUCUCCUUUGUUGGAUGGGUUGCCCAAAGAACGCUCAAGAGCAAAUCAGAGCACAGGUGUUGCUGCUGUGCAUGCUGCCACUGAGAAUAUCAAAGGCAUUGACGGCUCUCCUAUGUUGGAUGGGUUGCCCAAAGAACGCUCAAGAGCAAAUAGCACAAGUGUUGCUACUACGCAUGCUGCCACUGAGAAUAUCAAAGGCAUUGACGAGGGUGAGAAAUUAUGUGAGCUAAAAUUUGGGAGCUAUUGUUUAUGGCGUCACAAUCAUAAGGAAAAAGUGAAUGAUCUCACUGUGAGAAAGAUGAAAGACUUGUUAUAUGUGGCCCGGGCUUAUUAUCCUAGCAUUGCGAAGCUUCCGGCUCUUGACAAGCUUUCACAUGAAAUGAAGCAAAACAUUCAAGAGUUUGAGCGGGUGCUCAGUGUAACUACGAUAGACAAAGAUCUUCCCCCUCUGAUUGAUCAGAAGCUAACUAAGAUGGAAGCUGUAAUUGCUCAAGCAAAGGCAUGCCGUGUAGAUUGUAGUAAUGUAGACAAGAAAUUCAGACAGCUAGUUGAUCUAACUGAAGAUGAAGCUACUUUCCAUAUGAGACAGAGUGCCUUCCUCUACCAACUAGCAGUUCAAACCAUGCCCAAGAGUCAUCAUUGCUUGUCAAUGCGACUAACUGUAGAGUAUUUUAGAGACCCUUCACCUGAUAUCGACCAGUCAUUGGCAGAGAGACAUUUGAAUCCAGAUCUUCACCACUUUGUUAUAUUCUCCAACAAUGUGCUGGCAUCAUCUGCCGUAAUUAACUCCACUGUAAUGCAUGCUAAAGAAAGUGAGAGUCAAGUAUUUCAUGUGGUAACAGAUAGACAGAAUUACUUUGCCAUGAAGUUAUGGUUCUCGAGGAACAAGUAUAUGGAGGCCACAGUCGAGGUUUUGAAUAUUGAAGAUGUUAAGUUGGACAAUAAUAAGGCAUCAACGCCAAUUCAUCUUUCCCUGCCUGAUGAAUACCGUGUCUCUUUCCACAAGGUUGAUAGACCAUCUACAACAGAAUACUUAUCUGUUUUUUCGCAUUCCCAUUAUCUUCUUCCCCAGAUAUUCCAUAGUUUGAAGAAAGUAGUUGUCUUGGAUGAUGACGUUAUUGUGCAAAGAGACUUGUCAGACUUAUGGGGCAUCGAUAUGGACGGGAAAGUGAAUGGUGCGGUGCAGUCUUGCUCAGUUCGGUUGGCUCAGCUGAGGAAAUUUUUUGGUAACAAGAGAGUGGAUGAAACAUCUUGUGCUUGGAUGUCUGGAUUAAAUGUUGUUGAUCUAGUGAGGUGGAGGGAACAAGAUAUUUCCGGAAGAUACCUAAAGCUGGUAAAGGAGAUGAAUUCAGAAGAGGCUGUUACAUUGCGCGCAAGCUUGCUUACCUUUCAAGGUGAAGUUUAUGCUCUUGAUGAUAAGUGGGUAUUAUCAGGAUUGGGUCAUAAAUAUGGAGUGGAUAUUGAAGCUGUGAAGAAUGCGAGAGUACUGCAUUUUAAUGGUAAAAUGAAACCCUGGCUUGAGUUGGGAAUCCAUGAUUAUACAGUUUUCUGGCGGAAGUUUGUAGACCCGGAGAAUCAGUUUUUAAGCGAUUGUAAUAUUAACUAGUAUGGGCUAGUACCUGCAUUUGCUGCUGAAGUUUCAUGAAGGUAGGGGUGAAGAAGCUUGCACAAGUUUCCUGUUUGUGCUCCUGAUUUGAACCGUAUCUGAGGUAGGGGGACCGAGUAUAAUUUGGUGUGGGUAUCUCUAUUGAUUGGUUAAUGAAGGAAAUGUUUUUUAACCUCAAGGCAACGCUAAGUGAUGCAGAAUACUUGUCAAUGACGGAUUGAUAGUAAAGGCAUGGGCAAGUUUUAAUGGGUUAGGCAUUCACCUUCAUCAUGGCGAUUUUCUUUUGAAGAUGUAAAGGAUAUAGUGUACGAGGAGAUUGCCCGAAAUCAUCUCUGAAGAGCUGGAUAUGAACUUUGCCUCCUAUGAAUCUUGUAAAUGCGCAUACCUUGGGUUAAAUAUUAGUUAUACUGAAACUGGGUGAGAAGUACUUGGAACCUUGCUUCACCUGUGACGAGCAUCUUGGAUUCUUCUGUGAUAUGUGGUGUUGCCACUGAGACAUUCUUCUCUGAAUUCUAUCCUAUUAAUCCCUGUAGAAUUGGGUCUGUUUGAGUACAUUUUCUUUAUUAGCAUUGAUCAGGCAUCUGAACGUUUUUGAGCUUUGUAUUAGCGGCAAUUCUGCUAAAAUAUAUUUAGUGUUGUUUGGAUAACAUUGUUUGCCUUGUAAUUUUCCUUUUUGAAAAGCAGCUGGAUGUUUGUGCCUUGCGCUUAA